AUGGACACCAGUGGCAGACACUUGCAAUGCACCAAGAGAGAAGUCAAUCUGGUGUUUCUCUUUGAUGGAUCCAGCAGUAUGAAAACACACGAGUUUGAAAUGAACAAAAAAUUAAUUAAAGAUGUUAUGAAAAAACUUUCAAACUCAUCCAUAAAGUUUGCUGCUGUCCAGUUUUCAACAGAUAUACGAACUGUGUUUGACUUCAACGAUUAUCAGAACGGCUCCGCUGAAGAGAAACUCAUGAAAGAGAAGCACAUGAAAUCUCUCACAAACACAUAUCGAGCAAUAAACUACGUUCUAAAGAAUCUGCUGAAUAACGUGUUGUCUGGAGCCGAUCUCAACGCUCAGAAAGCUCUGGUAAUCAUCACAGAUGGAGACCCCAGUGAUAAUGAUGAUUAUAAUGUCCUCAACAGAUGUGAUGAGCAUAAUAUCCUCCGCUACAUCAUCGGGGUGGGAAAGGUUGAUUUAACUAAACUCACUCAGCUGGCAUCAGAACCGAAACAGAACAACACCUUCUAGAUUCAAGAGUACAAAGGACUCAAAGGACUUCUUGACAACCUGCAAAAAAAGAUCUACAACAUUGAAGGGUCAAAGCAAGCUCACGGCAGAGACAGACAGAGAGAGUUAUCACAGAGUGGAUUCAGUGUCGUCUACCAGGAGGACUCUGUGAUCGUGGGUUCGGUCGGAUCGAAUGAAUGGCGUGGAGCUCUGUAUGAAGUGACGGGAUCAGGAGCUGAAUUCAGAGAGACGGAGAUCAUCGAUCCAGCUGUAAAUAAAGACUCGUACAUGGGUUACUCUACUGUGCUGGGAAUGAGACGUGGCGUCUCUCUUCUGUUCUCUGGAGCGUCGCGGGCCGAACACACGGGUCUGGUGACCCUCUUCACCAAGAAUGAAAGCACAUGGACAGUGAUGAGGAACAUCAGCGGAGAACAAAUUGGCUCAUAUUUCGGAGCGUCUCUGAGUCUGUUGGAUGUGGACUUUGAUGGAGACUCAGAUUUCCUUCUGGCCGGAGCUCCAUUAUUUUACCAGUUUCAGCCGAGGGCUGAAGGGAGGCUGUACGUCUACGCUUUUUCAGAGCAGUAUUUUCAGAAGACGCUGCACUCAACCACAGGCAGAUUUGCUGCGUCUGUGGCUUCACUAAAGGACCUGAAUGGAGACGGUCUGUCAGAUGUGGCGGUCAGGGCUCCGCUGGAGAAUGAAGGAGUCGUCUACAUCUACCUGGGUGAUGGGACGCAUGGCAUAAACCCUGAACACACUGCUCAGCGGAUCCCAGCGCGGUCGGUUCUGCCUGGUCUGCAGCAGUUUGGAGUGUCUCUGUCUGGUCACAUGGACAUGAAUGAUGAUAAUCUGACAGAUAUCGUGAUUGGAACACAGGGAGGGAUCGUCCUGCUCAAGGCUCGGCCUGUGAUGCCUGUAUCUGCGCAGCUCAGUUUCAGUCCAAUGGAAAUCAGUCUGAGCUACUUUGAAUGUCCGGGUGACAACACAUUUAAUGCAUUUAAUCUCACGUCAUGUUUCACAGUGACCGAGCGGACCAGCAGCACAGGUAACGUCAAUGAAGUUUCAGAGAGUCUCUCUGUGGCGUGAAGAAGACGGCCUCAUGUCUCCUCGUGUCUCA